UUUAUCAAUUCCUGGAAAUAUUGCCUCUUUCUUUGAGAAAUCUAGGAUGAAUGUGACAAUGGUGAGGACAAAUGAUUCCACCGGAUCCAGCAGAAAGCAGCCAACACGAGGCUCGAAGGCACAGCAGCAACAAAAAGGCAAAUCUGUUGCCGCCUCCUCAGCCCACGCUACAGAACCAAAUGAGGAAGAAGAAGUGUAUUUCAGCACAGCUCCCUGGCCUCGCCCUGACGCCAGACCUUUCGUGUUGUCCAGGCUUCCGAACGACAUCACUGAGUUGUGGCCAGUGAUUGGGACAGGCCCUUUUGAGUCUCGAGAGGCCAAGCUGACAUUGAUCAGGAACCCUGUGGUUCGAGUGGUUGCUAAGAUCUUAGGCAACAUCAUGUUUGGCAAGGAGGAGUCAGAUGCUUUGAGGAAAGAUGAGCUGUUGAUGCUACAUUACGGGUUGCCCUCCUUUGCCAGCAGCAUUUACAGCCUACACCACCACCGGUUCUUCACACGAACCUUGGAUAUUUGUUUGCUCAUGUCCUCAGGCCUUACCACUUCCACAUCUCGGACUGAGGCGAUUGGUAGCCUUUUGACUCCCAUUUUCAGGUACCAUGAUAUUGAUCUUACUUCCACAGAGAGGAUUGAUACACCCUGGCUCCUCAAUGAGGAGCAUUUCAGAGCCAGCGGGAUCCUCAUGCCAGGCUACAAGUAUCAGUUUCAGGACAGGGAUGGUCGGAAGUUGUACUGCCAGCUUCCUAACAACGACAUCAUCACUCUUUCUUCGCGGGCCAACUUGGAGUUCUUACCUGAUGCUGUCCACUUAUGCCCAAACCCGACCAUGGCUUCAGUUUCUAGACGCAGAGGUAGCUCAUCUCGUUCUAGCGCCCACCCACCGCACUAUGAGGAUGCUCCUGCACCAGACACAUUCCCUCAGGACCCUUUUACUGCAUCUGCAGCCCGCCAGUCCAUGAAGUCCCUCCUCCCUCCUUAUGCUGGUCAGUAUGACCUUCUUCCCCUUGCUCCAGAUGUUUCAGAGGCAGACCGAUGGGCUUGGAUGGUUGAUUCUCAGCGGAAGAACAACUCCAUGAUGCAGAGGAUUUGGGGAGCUUUGGCGAAGCUCAGCUGUCCACGACCACCCUCCUGUUUCAGGGCUACGGAGACUAGAGAUGACACAGCUGCUGAGGAGCCAGAUAUGGAUGCUGAUGACGAGGAGCAGAAUUACGAGGAUAAACUUGUUGUUGAAUUGAUUUCAUUGUUGAUA